AUGUCCAGAUGUUACCCGAUCGAAGCAAUAGGUGCUAAUUGUUUGAAAUUGAAGCCGAGACUGGAAAUCGUCGACUUUAACAUGUCAGAAUCAUCUAACAGUACGUAUCUUACAAUAGAUUUUCACUACAAUGGAAUGUUUGCACCAAACACGUUAGUGUACUUAGACCCUACAAGAAUGUCAGUUCGUGAUGUGGAUUUUGGUGGCAUGAACUAUAGAGAAUUUGUGUUAUGGGUUACAAAGUUGACUAGAGGAAGGUGUGAAAAUUUGUACUAUUGUAGUAGAAAUGAAACAUUGGCAGAAGGUAUUAGAAGAAUCGACAAUGAUGCUGAUUAUUUUAAGUUUAUUGAAGAUGGUUACAUGCCUAAGAACGAGCUAAGAAUGAAUGUCUACAUUGACCACCAAAAUGAACCUAUUCUUGACUGGGACGAUAAGGAGGUGUUAGCUGGUGAUGAGUGUUCUGAGUUGGUAGAAAAUGAUGAUACAAACUCACAUAUUUCAGAUAUAAAUGAAUGUGAACAUGAACUUGAUGAAGAUGUGCAUAAUUUUGACAAAACAAUUGAUGGUGAAUUUUUGAACUAG